GCGAUGAUUUUCAUGAUCAGUUACACGUUUGUCUGCAGAAGUUGAAGAAGUUUCGAUUCCCCCAAAGAUGUCGUUAAAGAAGGAAACUCCAUCAGACCAGCAACUUCAUUUGGCUGCUUUACAAGGAAACUUAGAACAACUAAAACGUGUACUAGACACCGGAAAAGUACAUGUAGACUGCAAAGACAAGGAAGGGACAUCUCCAUUAAUUUUGGCUGCUGCAAACAAUCAUCUAGACUGUGUAAAAGAACUUCUGAAACAAGGGGCUGACCCUUCAGCUCGCAGACUUACGGGAACCUGUGCAUUGUUCUUUGCUGCUCAAGGAGGAUUUCUAGACAUUGUACGUGUGUUGUUAGACAGCGGAGCCUCCCUAGAUCUAGCCAGCUAUGAUGGAGGGACACCUUUGUUUGUAGCCUGUCAGUGUAAUCACUUAGAUGUUGUGGAGGAACUACUCAGUAGAGGGGCGGAUCUCCAUGCUCAAAUGAUUGAUGGGGCCACACCUCUCUUUAUCACUGCACAAAAUGGCCAUUUACACCUGUUAAAAUACCUGAUAACUCGAGGGGCUGAUGUCAAUGUUAAACGACAGGAUCAGGCUACACCCUUGUGGAUAGCUUCACAAAUGGGACACACCUCCAUUGUUAAAGAGCUCUUAUCCUCUGGUGCUGAAGUAGAUGCUGUCAGAGAGGAUGGUGCAACCCCCCUUUUCAAGGCAUGCCAUAAGGGCCAUUUAGAUGUUGCUGAGCAACUCCUUAAACACAAACCAAACUUGGGUUUACUAAAGAAUGGAGAGACACCACUUCAUGCUGCAGCCCUGUUUGGGCACAUGAAAGUGAUGAAAUUGCUCAUGUCUUAUGGUGUGGAUACAAGGCUCAAAAACAAGGAAGGUAAAACUGCUGCAGAACUUGCCCAAGAAGCAGGAUAUGACUACAUUGCCAAAUUUAUCAACAGUUUCCAAACCAGUCAGGACAGGAAAAGCCCCACCACCCCACCGCCAUCUUGAUGUGCCAAGCGAUAAUCUACAAACCCCACCUAGCAAAGCAAGCUUUCUGUUUGUCUGUGAUGAUUAUAAAGGUCCCAUGUCUACCAUCAGGUGUUUCAUAAUUACGCAAAUUUAUGUUGGAAUCGAAAAUUCUUACGAACUUUUUUUCAAUGUUUUUUUUGUUAACAAUUUUCAAAGAAAUGUUUACGCAGCUUCAUUCUUUUUUUUUUUUUGUUUAUCAGAAUAUCAGCAUUGUAAUUUUUAAAGGUCUAUUAAUUUUUGUAUAUGAAACUUUAUAUUUGCAGUUGUUUUUCUUUUUGACUGAUUUUGAUAUUAGUUACUUUUGUUCUUGUAACAUAAGCAUAUCUUUUAUAGAUGGUAGCUAGAGCAAAUUUGAAAAACUAACCAAGAGAUGUGAAGGUUAUUUACAGACAUUGUCAACACUUGUUAUCACAUGAAAUAAUCUUGCCCUUAUUUUCUUUAAGGUAGAUAGGUCAGUAUCAUUUCGUAGAAUAAAAUAAUAUGGUGCAGGCCACCAUAUCUAGUUUCCGCUGUGAUUUAAGUGUCGUUAAAUUGUGUUUGUAGGUGUUGAUUGGGUUAAUAUAUGUAAAGUGACUGGCUGUUUUCAUGAAUUUUUGCUAGUGAGUUUUUGUGUUUUGACCUUCAUUCAAAAAAGUAGCAAAAUACUUAAAGUAAUAAUAGGAAUGAAGUCACAGAAUUCUUGAAUAUUUUCAAAAAGAAUCCUGCUUAUGUUUGCAAUUUAAUUUUG